GUUAGCAUUGUAGAAGCCCUGCAAUUUGUUCAUAUCAGCUAAACUAGUUUUAAUAUCAUCAUCUAACACCAUUUUAUCAACAGAGGAGGCUGGUCGGAGGAGCUGUAGGAGGACGGGCUCGUUGUAAUGGUUGGAAUUGAAUAAAUGGAAAGGGGUCAAACACAUCAAACAUAUGGAAACCACAUGUUUGACUCCGUUCCAUGCAUUCCAUUUGAUCCAUUACAAUGAGACCGUCCUCCUAUAGGUCCUCCUACCAGCCUCCGCUGAGAUCAGUGUAGGCCUACACACAAACCCCUUUAACUUCAUGCAUUCUAGUGCAGAACGCUCAGGAAGAAAUUUCAGAACAAUCGCUGUCUGUACUCUGGCGCCCUCCUCCCCUUCAGGACGCCUAGCGACAACUACUCUUCUCUGUCGGGUGGCCACUGAGUGACUGCAGCUGGAGAGACAAUAACUGUCUGCCACACAGCCUGAACUCGUUUCACCAUGGAUCAGCAUCAGGACUUCAACUCGAGCCUGGACGGCCACGCCACCGUGCAAUUCAACUCUGGGGAGACCAUGGCUUCGGCUGCCCUGGCCAACAUGACACUGAAAGAACCCCAGAACCAGCAGGAGGUCAAGAAGCCUAACGGGAUGCCAGACGCACACAUGGGACCUGGGGGCAUGGAAGAAGAUUUGCUGGAGCUGUCAUCGGAACUGAAAUCACAGCCUCCAGCACCAGUGUCAGAGGUCUCUGUGUCUAAGAGCGCCCUCUCGGCUACCAGAGGGAUGACCGCUACAGGUCAAGAGGAGCUCACUGCAUCGCUCAGCCCCACGCCAGGAGGUGUCAGUCCUGCCACAGAGAGCGGCCGCAGUAGCAGGUCCGGCUUUGCCGACGGCGGGAGCGAAGACGGGGAGCGGGCUGGGUCGGUAAGCCCCCAGGCGUCUCCUUCGGCCCCUGAAGCCCCAAUCGAGAGGGACACUCCAAGGCUCUUCUCCCCAGACUCGCUGGGGUCUGAGAUGAAGAGGAGCUCGUCAGACAAGGUCUCUGUGGGCCACAGCCUGAGCGACUCUGGGUCUGAGGACGAGGAUGAGGAGGACGUAUGUGAGAGCAAGGAGGCUCCUACCUCGGCCUAUGAAGACAGGAUCAGUCCUGGGAAGCCUCAGAGCCCUCUCUUCGUGGAAAAGGAGGGGACGAAAGAGCAGGUGGAUGAAGAAAAAGAGGAGGAUAGCGACGAGGAUGAAGAGGAGGAGAGAACAGAGGUGUCAACGAUCCGCAGGAGGCCACGGCGUGAGGUCAGCUCAGAAGAGGAAGAGCAGCAGAAAGAUGAAGGUUGCGCCCCUGUCAUUCCCGUUGCCAUGACCCCGGAGGAAGCCAAGCAGCGCGUCCUAUCCUUUGACUACACGGAGCCUGAGGGACACCCCCCUGGUCAGGGCAUCCCUGCAGGGUUGCAGAACGGAGCAGAUAAGACCACCCCAGAGAGCAAGAGCCCUGACUCCAACAGGGCCGACCAUGGAUCUCCCUUCUCCCCUAGCACCGCAGCCAACCGGACCAAGGACCAGUCUCCUCUCAUCGAGUACCAGCCAGACGCCCGCGAUGCGGUGGAGCAGGAGACUGAGGAGAAGGUGCAGGAGGAAGAAGAGGUGCAGGAGAAGGUAGCUAGUCCCCUGCCCAUGAUUACUGUGCCCCAGAUGGAGGUUGAGCCUGUCCAGAAGGCUGAUGUGAAGACCUCAAAGGACACUCAAGGCCAAUACCUGCAGUCGGCAAACGAGGAAGUCAUCGCAGCGGUGACGGCAGCUCAGUCGGUGACCAAAGCCAAACCUGCAGAAACGAAGCCUGGCAAGCCUGCUAGUGGCCCCAAAGGAGGUGCUCCUACAGCAGCCAAAGGCCCGGUCAGAAAAGUGACCGCUAACGCUGUUGCCCCUCCCCCCAAGACCACCGCCGCUAAAACUCUGAAAGCACCCCCGAAAGAUGCCGCCCCACCUGGCGGAAAAGCAAAUGCUCCAGGUGCCCAGCUGAAAGCCAAGGCCGGUGCCGGGGCUGGGAAAGAAGCAGCUGAGAAAAAGACACCCAACGCCACCACACCUGUCAAAGCAUCCACCCCCAAACGACCCUCCUCGGUCCAAACCACCCCCGACAAAAAGCCUUGGUCCUCUUCCUCUGCCCCAGCCUGCAACACUAGCAGGCCCAGCUCAAUAUUUAAACCCAGUCCAGGCAGUGCAAGAGCCAGAGAACCCAGGCCAAGGACUGGAGAUGGGAAGACUGCCAGCACCAGGACACCAGGUGCCAAACCCCAGGGUGCUGGGACCAGGAUGCAGACCAAGACCACUGCUGGAGUUGAUUCCCCCAAGACGCCCCAAGACCGUAGUGGCUACAGCAGCCCCAGCACACCCAAGUCCCCCGCCAGCCGGGAGGUGAAGAAGGUGGCGGUGGUGCGGACCCCUCCUAAAUCCCCUGGGUCCAUGAGGGGGCGCAGUCCGGUGCCCCUGGCCGCCCCCAUGCCCGACCUGAAGAACGUCCGGUCAAAGAUUGGCUCCACGGAGAACAUCAAGCACUCGCCUGGUGGAGGACGGGUGCAAAUAGUUGAGAAGAAGAUGGAUUUAAGUAACGUUCAGUCAAAGUGUGGCUCCAAAGCCAAUCUCAAGUAUACCCCAGGAGGUGGCAAUGUGCAAAUUUUACAUAAGAAGAUCGACUUGUCUAGUGUUCAGUCUAGGUGUGGCUCCAAAGACAAUCUCAAGCAUGUCCCCCGAGGUGGUAACGUUCAAAUUACUCACAAAAAGAUUGACCUCAGCAACGUGCAGUCAAAGUGUGGAUCGAAGGCCAACAUUCACCACAAACCAGGUGGAGGCAAUGUGGAGAUCAAAUCGGAGAAGUUGGACUUCAAGGUUCAGUCUAAGAUUGGGUCCAUGGACAACGUUGGUCAUGUGGCUGGAGGUGGCGGGAGGAAGAUUGAAAGCCACAAACUGAGUUUCCGUGAGACGGCGAAAGCCCGCACCGACCACGGAGCGGAGAUUGUCCCCGUGGAGAUCAUCACAGGCGGCUCACCCGCCCGUCUUCUCAGCAACAUGUCGUCCCCUGGCAGCCAGAACAUGACAGAGACGCCGCCGCUAUCCAUGCUUGCCGACCAGGUCUCCGCCUCCCUCGCCAAGCAAGGCCUGUGAUUCGACCACGUCCCUCCCUGAAAAAGCAUUGUAGGUUACCAAGGGAACCAACCACGUGAUAAAAAAAGAGAAACGAAGAGAAAAAGAAGCACCUCACUCACUCUCCCUUCCUCCUUGAAAUUCAAAGUCGCUCGCAGGAUUUUCCGACCGGGGAUAUCAGUCAGGGCAAAGUGGUCCGUUAAUGGACAGCCGUUUAUGGUCUUGAUAGUUGCACAGGUAAUGAAAACAUAUACGUGAAAGAAACACAGCAUUAUUCUAUACCCAUAAAAACACAGACAGGCCUUGUUAUAAAGACAUUUACCAUACUUUCCAUUUACAGUGCAAUUAAUUGGGCUGCUCAAUUUGAACGCAACUGCUCCGCAUGAAAAUAUUGCACAUUUCUUUGCUUAUUGCCAUGCAGUGGAUGUUUGAAUUUUCCCAUUUUAAGCCUUAAAAUGUGAAGUAGCCAAAGCCUCAAAUCUUUUCUCCACUAGAAAAUAUCAGCUAAAUUGAAGUGACACUGUACUAUACCAUUCAAAUGAUACUAAGUGCCAAAUAGACUGUUGCCCUUUCGUGCUUAAAAAACUCUGAUAUUCCCCAGUUGAGAAAUCCGCAAAGAUUUAUUUACGGUAUAAUGAAAUUCGAACGUUGUCGUAAACAGUUGCUGUGAUGUAAUUAAUAGCGUGUAAGUAAGGCAAAUUGACUCUGCCUUUGAGAUGAUUAAAAUAGACAUUGUUUGUGAAAUUAUAAAAUAAACAAUUUUCAUGAGAAGGACAAUUACAAGUCUAUUACCCAGAAUAUUGAACUUAAGAGUUAAAGCCCAUGGCCUGUUCAAAACAUUUCAAGGAGGAUCCCAUUGCUGAGCAAUUAAAAUCAAUUAAGUAAACAAUGAAUUAUGGAGUAAUGGAGCCACAUUGUGCAUAUGUCAAUCAAUUGGAUAAGAUUGCUCAUUUGAAGUUGAGAGGGGUUUUUGUGUGUAUGGUAUAGUCUACGUGCAGAUAUUUUGGUGGUAUAUCACCAAUCCUCACCAAGUUUCUUCUCAGCAGUGAGUCUGGAUCUGAGUACCUCCCCGUUGAUUUCUAGAAUGGAUAUCCAUUCUAGACCAUCUGAUUGGUCCAGAGCCAGAACACACGUGGGUAUAGGGGCGUUAUGAAAUUUCAUCAUUGGCUUUGAUACUCCGAUUGGUUAGAGAUUAUCCAAUCGCUAAUUACUUUGUUUUGUACAACACCCCUUAUUUUGAAGUCAACAACAAACUACUUGAAUGAUGGCUGUCUCAGACUGCAGUAUGUAGGAAUGAUUGCGCAGCGGAAUAAUUCAGUUCGAGUGGUCAGGCAAUAGAAAUGCCACUGCAUACCCAACACACAUGCCUAGAAAAGUCUCAAUUUUACCUGCAUGAUAUUCAAAGCCUGAUAUAGGAUGUGCUCCAAAUCUCUACCCUACUCCCGAAGUGUGCACUUGCACACUCUCUUUGUCAAAGAUGAUCAAAUGACCACCCCCCUACCUACCCACAGCGCACUACUUACGACGCGAAUUUGAACUAAAGUAAAUAUUUCUUCGCAACGAUAGAGCACUCUUUUUUUUACGCUGUAGAUCUAACCUUAUGUUGCGCACUUUCUUUCCUACUAGUAGCCCUAUUCUGUGGAUGUAAGACAUAUUCAACUGCUAUUUACGAAUGCUUGUAGAUGUACCUGCUGACACCCUGCUAUUAUUUUUAUUUUUAUACUCCCGACCCUCACGAUGCAUUCUUGUUUUUGAAGGUAGUUUUUACACACUGAAGUUCUCAAGUCGACCACCACUACAUGUGUGUGAAUGAUAAAUGUCUGGCUUUCCUCCUCAUUCCUCAUGGUCAACAUGAACAUUAUGUAAUGUGCUGAAAAUAUAUGAAAAGGGGGUUAAGCGGAUAUUAAUUGUUACGAUUGAAGAAAUCUAUUCAAGGUAAGACAUGUAAGCAUAUUAACUACCGAAAGCCCCCAAAAUACUCAAAUCAAAUGCUAUGUCACAUGCUUCAUAAACAGGUGUAGACUAACAGUGAAAUGCUUACUUAUGAGCCCUUCCCAACCAUGCAGAGAAAAAUUAAGAAUAAAUACACAAUGAUUAACGGUACCAGUACAGAGUCGACGUGCAGGGGUACAUAUAGGUAGGCAUACUAAGACUGAUAUUCACGUUAGACCGUUUGAGAAAAGGUACCAUAAAACAACCCUAUGCACCUUGGGGUGGUGAAUGAUGUCCCGCAAAAGUGUACGGCUGUUUUUUCCAAGUUAGUAUUUUAUUUCGAAGCUGAAAAUUGAAAUGUCAUGUCACUCUUCUAGUUUUUCGCAUGUAACGACAUACAGUAAAUUAAUCUGAGGGAGUGGUUUACUAUUCCGAAAGGACAGCAUAACCGCAUUGUAUUCAUUAAACCUUUUCUUAACUGACAUUUUAAGCAAACUGGUAAUUGUAUUGUAAUUAAAUCUGUUGCGACAAGAGGGGAAGAAAGUUGGUGCAAAUGAUGUUUAGGACUUAAUGUCAUUAAUUUAAGGGAAGGAAAAGGGUAAUUUGGGGCUUUUCAGUGUGAUAAAUAUCUUUUCCCUUUUGCCUCAAAGGGAACAAUGAUACAAGUUAACUAGCUUCUAUCCAACCCAUGUCCCGUUUUGUUUAUCCUUCUCUGUCGAGUUUUUAUUUUGACAGUCGUGAUUGUCCUUGUGAUGUGCAUUUUAAUAUUUGGUUUACACUGAUACUUGUUGCUGUAAACGUGGAUUAGGAAAUAAAGUCAGUAUUGGAACAGCAA